AUGCAUACAAAGACAGUCCAAGUGCUCUGGGGCUGUUUCUUCCUGUGGAGUCUCCACAUCUCAUCUUCUCAGACCAUUUACCCUGGAAUCAAGGCAAGAGCUACUCAGAGGCUGCUGGACUAUGGCGUUCAAGCUGGAAUGGAGACAAUUGAGCAAAUGUUAAAGGAAAGGGACAUUCCAGAUUUGAAAGGUUCUGAGUCUCUCAAAUUUCUGAAAGUUGAUUAUGUGGACUACAAUUUCUCAAACAUAAAAAUCAAUGCCUUUUCAUUUCCAAAUACAUCAUUAGCCUUUGUGCCCGGAGUGGGAAUCAAAGUGCUGACCAACCAUGGCACUGCGAACAUCAGCACGGACUGGGAAAUCAGGUCUCUGCUUUUCCAAGACGCAGGAGGAGCUGAUCUGUUUCUCUCUGGGGCUUUCUUCACCGGUAUCAUUAUCCUGUCCCGAAAUGACUUUGGUCACCCGACCCUGAAGCUCCAAGACUGCUACGCCCAAGUGAGCCAUGCCCACGUCUCAUUUUCUGGAGAACUCAGUGUCCUGUAUAACACCUUUGCUGAGCCCAUAGAGAAACCCAUUUUGAAGCACUUAAACGAAAUGCUCUGUCCCAUUAUCAUGAAUGAAGUCAGAACACUAAAUGCCAAUCUCAGCAUGCUGGAGGUUUUAACCAAGAUUGACAACUAUACUGUGCUGGAUUAUUCCCUGAUUGAUUCUCCGGAUAUUCAUGAGGACUAUGUUGACCUGAAUUUGAAGGGCACCCUCUACCCACUGGAUAACCUCACCAACCCCCCCUUCUCACCAGUCCCUUUCGUGCUCCCGGAAUACACAGACUCUAUGCUCUACAUUGGAAUCUCUGAAUAUUUCUUAAAAUCCGCGUCCUUUGCUUAUUUCACAGCCGGGGCUUUCAAUGUCACUAUCUCCACAAAAGAGCUUUCCAGUCAUUUAGCUCAAAACUCUCCAGGAGUUGGCAGUGUGCUCUCUCGGAUUGCAGAGAUCUACAUCUUGUCCAAGCCCUUCAUGGUACAGAUCAUGGCAACAGAGCCUCCUGUGGUCAAUUUACUCAAGGAUAACUUCACCCUGGACAUCCCUGCCUCCAUCGUGAUGUUCACCCAAUCCAAGAACUCAACUGCUGAAGCCAUUGUUUCCAUGGACUUUGUUGCUAGUACCAGCGUGAGUCUGGUUAUUUUGGGACAAAGACUGAUCUGCUCCAUGUCUUUGAACAGAUUCCGCCUCUCUUUGCCAGAGUCUGAUCGCAGCAAUAGAGAGGUCUUGAGGUUUGAGAAUAUCCUGUCCUCCAUUCUUCACUUUGGGGUCCUCCCACUGGCCAAUGCAAAACUGCAGCAAGGAUUGCCUCUGCCUAACCCAUACAAAAUCUCAUUCGUCAAUUCAGAUAUCAAAGUUCUUGAGGGUUUCAUUUUGAUUUCCACCGACCUGAAGUAUGAACCAUCCUUAAAGCAGCAGCCAAGUUUCCAUGGUUGGGAAGGUCUGAACCUGUUAAAAGGAUGGUGGAGCAGGAAUCCAGCUUCCUGA